AGGUAGCGGAGGAGAGGAGGCGUACACAAGGGCAGAGUUCCAAGUUGGAAGAGAGGAGUAUAGAUGAGUGGAGAAUUAUAGCAAAGACUAACCGCCGUACGUAGGCUCUUUAUCACCUCACCCGCAGCCCUGGAAGCCAUUUGCCCCGUUGCCCCCAUUAUGGUGGGAGGCAAUCCCUGUACCUGCCCCAGGGUCCGAGAAGACUGCUUCCCCGGGUGCCAGUCGAGCUGUGCCCGUAGGAUUGUGACGGAUCAAAGAGAGAUGACUAAACCGAGGGAGAACUGCGGACCCAGUGCUUAUAUACCUGUGACACAGCUACCGGGGCCAGCUCUGAAUGACAACAUUGCUGCAGUUAUGAGCCUUCAUCCUGGGUAUCUACGGGUGUUUUGGAAGACGCAGCAUGAGCUUUUGCGUAUGGAUGGAGCACUGUCCCUCCCAGAGAGACACUAUGUUGCCAUAAUGGCUGCUGCUCGCCAUCACUGUGUCUACUUGGUCUCACUUCAUUCAACCCAUUUCCUUCAAGUUGGUGGGGACCCUCAAUGGCUGGAAGGCAUUAAUGCUGCACCACUCAAACUGCGCAGGCUUAAUGAUUUAAACAAGUUCCUUGCACAUAGACCCUGGCUUAUAACCAAAGAACUCAUUGAGUCUCUUGUGAGCUCUGAAGGUGGAAACUUUUGGUCUCUUGCUGAGCUGAUCCAGGCUCUUGUCCUGCUUACACACUUCCAUGCACUUUCCUCUUUUAUUCUGGCGUGUGGCAUCUAUCCUCCAGAGGGACUAAAUAUCGAGCGCCCUCCUUCACCUGUUGGGUCCUUGAGUCCGGGGUCAAGCACGCCACAAGAAGCAGAGCGUUUGCUGGCUGAAAUGAAGAAGUUGGAUGAGGAAAAACAAGAAGCCACUCGGGAGGAAAUGGAGACUAGGUUUGAGAGGGAGAAGAGAGCAUGCAUUAUGGUGACAUCUAAUGAUGAUAUAGCUCAGUUAUCUCCUGGAAUUCUCCACUUCCUGGAUGAUCCUGAUUUUGGCUACAUUGAUUUCAGCAGGAGGGGUGAACAAGCUCCUCCCACAUUCCGUGCUCAUGACUUCACAUGGAAUACACAUGGAUAUUCACUGCUACAUAGGUUGUGCCCAGAAGUGGGGCAACUUCUGGAUGAUAAGUUUCAGGUGGCCUACGACUUGACAUAUCACACGAUUGCUUCACAUCAGGGAGUGGAUACAUUUAAACUGCGUAGAGCUAUAUGGAACUAUAUUCAGUGCAUUUAUGGAAUCCGAUAUGAUGAUUAUGAUUAUGGUGAGGUGAAUCAGCUGCUAGAGAGAAGCCUUAAAUUGUAUAUGAAGACUGUGACCUGUCACCCAGAGAGGGUAAACCGGCAACUAUAUAACGACUUCUGGCGGGAGUUCAAGCCCUCUGAGAAGGUGCAUUUGAACUUGUUACUGUUGGAAGCCAGACUACAAGCUGCACUGCUGUAUGGUCUCAGAGCGAUCACCCGCUAUAUGACGUGAGCCUGUGGAAGAAUGGGCUGCGCCACACAGGACUGACUCUCCUUCAUUGCUGCAUAUUUGCACACUUUAAAAAUAUAUGGGUGUACUCCUACCCUAUGCUGCAGGCACUGUUCACCUUAUAGUAUAAACACUGCUGGUCAAUAAGGUACUAAGCACCUCUAAGCUCCUUGGAAUCGAUUUUUGUCAUUUUCUGCAGUGGUAGUUAUCUUUGUUUACAUUGUCACUGUGCAGGUUUUUUUUGUUUUGUUUUUUGAGUAAAUAUUUCACAAUAACACAGAAUAUCUUCAUUCACACAUUGCUUUUAAUACUAAUUCACCUUCUAGUAGACCCUCACCUUGUUCCUGAAAUGAUAAGCUGCCAGUGUUGAGUUGCUGAUGCAGUAGCUUUAACACUUUUGAAGACCAGAAACAAUUGUACAGAUCAGGUGUUUAGAUCUUGCUUGCUAUGUACAUGUUGGGUCUCCAGGAAUGGUAAUACAUUUACAUUGGGCCUGCAUGGCUCUAGGAAAUUAUCCUAAUGCCACCUUCAUGUUGGCUGGUGGGUAAUCUUUAAUUUGGUGAUGUAGCCUAUGAUACACAAAGUGUUUUUCUUCCAGGGUGUACUACUGCAAAUUCCUCUGUGCACUAUAGAGCAUAGCUUUCUCCACUAAUCGAGAGAAGCCUUGUAUUGGGUAAAAGCAUUCCUCUGGCUGAAGCAGAGAUUGGUGGUAUCUGCCAUCUGUCUGAUUUGGCCAAUUAGGGGGAAGCCUUGUGUUCAAUAAAAAAAAAAAAAAA